AUGCAAAUUCGUUUAUUAAAAGUUUCAGUCAACAAAAUAUUAAUGUGUCAGCUAAUUCUCUCUCUCUCUCUUUCUCUCUCUUUCUCUCACUUUCCCUCUCUCUAUCUCUCUUUCACUUUCUCUCUCUCUCUCUCUACAUCUAAGUCCCCUGUCUUGCUUUUUAUCUUUAUGUCCCUUUCUUUUCUUUCUUUAUUUCCCAUUUCUCUAUCUCUUAUUCUCUCUAUUUCUCUUUUUUCUCUUCUUCUUUCUCUCUCUCUACAAAUUCUCUGUCUCUCUUUUUCUCUUUGUCUCUUUAUUUUCUUUCUUUAUUUCCUAUUUCUCUCUCUUUUUCUCUCUUUCUCUUUCUUUCUUUCUCUCUCUCUCUCUCUCUCUCUCUCUGCGUCUCUUUCUCUGUCUCUCUUUCUCUCUCUGUCUCUUUCUUUCUUUAUUUCCCAUUUCUCUAUUUCUUUCUUUCUCUCUCUCUCUUUCCCUCUCUCUCUACUUCUCUCUCUCUUGGUCUUUCUCUCUCUCUCACUUUCUUUUUCCCUUUCUCCUGUUUCUCUCUCUCUAUAUAUAUCUUUCUCUCUCUUUUCUGUCUCACGCUUUCUUUCUUUCUCUCUCUCUCUUUCUCUCUACUUUAUUUUAUUCGCUUUCUUCGCCAUUCCUCUCUUGUCUAUUUCUCUUGGCGUUGAUAUGAACUUGAUGGAGCGAAAACAAGCGGUGAGCUUCAUCGCAGACAAGUGCUUCCAGAUGGACUUAAAUCCGUCAAGGCUUUACAGAUGCAUUUUCUUACAGAAUCACAAGAUUGUGUUUCCAGACGCCUUAGCCGCUUUUGCAUUGGAAGAUAUGUUUUUCUUUUCUUUUAUUUUCUUUUCUUUUGGAGUGCGUAUAUUGUUUACGGCUAUCAAGAGUAGACUGAACCAAAUCGAUACGAUAUCAGGAGACAGAAAGAUUGGUUUCGAUCUAUCUAUCUAUCUAUCUAUCUAUCUAUCUAUCUAUCUAUCUAUUUAUCUAUCUAUCUAUCUAUCUAUCUAA